AUGAUUGAGUUAUGUACAAAAAAACGAAUGUUAAUUGGUAUAACAUUAUUAGGAGGAUGUAUUUCCGGAGAUGAAUAUGAAAUAACAUCAGAAUGUCAUCCAUGUUCUGCUUUUGAAAUAGCAAGUAAAAGUAUCGAUGUGUGUAUUCAUGCCAGAUACAAGGAAGUUUUAAAAUGUAAAAGUGGAGAAGCUAUAACAAGAAGUUGUGACAGGGUAGCUUGGUUAGAAGAAAGAGCAUUUUGGAAGUUUGAAGCAUUUAUGUUUCUUUUGGCAUUAAGUUCAUGUAUUAGUGUUUAUUGGAGAGAAAAUGUGCUGAGACAAAGGAUAAUAAGAAAAGUGGCUAGACAAUUAAGAGCUAGUGUAUAA